CGGCGGUAUCCCAAAUUUGGGCCUUGACAACCUUGUCAUCAACGUGAAUGGAUCGCGUGGCGAACUCAACGCCGAUGGUAGAUUUGCACUGUUGGCUAAACUCAUUUUUUGUAAAUCGAGACAGCAGAUUUGAUUUUCCGACGCCAGAAUCACCUAUCAGCACCACCUUGAACAGGGCAGUACGCAAUCUAAGGGCGCCCAUCGCGCGAGCCGUGCGCAGCGUACAGGUGGACAACGCGGGAUCAGGCGGGCUGGCGGAUAGAAGAUCUAAGUCUUUGUCCCCAAGUCUUCUAGAAGCUCCGGGUCUUCUUGCUCGUCAAGUCACGUCGACACUUCUUGCGUCCUGGCAAUUUCGCCCAUCAGCCACACCUUGA